CAAGUCGUGAUUAUUAUCGCAUCGGACAUAGCGGUAUUAGCAACCAAUCUCCGAACUUUACUGUCUUCAAAAUAGCUAUGGAAACUGCACUUCGUCUUAAACUCACCUAUUUAAGACUCUGCCGGCCAUUCCCGCACAACCUCUCCAUAUUACCGAUCGAUUACUAUUCUGGCUAAAAUGAAGACUUGGCUUGUCACUGGUGCAUCCUCUGGGCUCGGUGCUGCGAUCGCUGAAGCAGCCCUUCAGACCGGCCACAAAGUAAUUGCCACAGCUCGCAACCCCACCAAAGCAGCCCAGGCCAACCCACGCAUCUCAGAACUCGGGGGUACAUGGAUUGAACUCGACGUGACAAGCCCAAACACUCCCAAGAUAGUUGAGGACGCAGUAAAAGAAGCCGGCGGCGUCAUUGAUGUCGUUGUCAACAAUGCCGGGUACUCACUGCUGGGCAGCAUAGAGGACAUGAGUGAGAGCGAAAUCGAGGCCCAGUUUAGCACGAAUGUUUACGGUCCUGUCCGUGUCUUGAAGGGCGUCCUUCCGUUCAUGCGUGCGAGAAAGUCUGGCACUGUGGUUAAUAUCAGUAGUAGCGCUGGUAUUGAUGGACUGCCCACUUGUGCGAUGUAUGCUGGAAGCAAAUUUGCCCUUGAAGGCAUGUCCGAAAGUCUGGCCAGAGAACUAGCACCUUUUGGUAUUCGAGUGCUUGUCGUCGAGCCCGGAUCGCUUCGAACGAAUUUCUGGUCUGUCUAUGUCGAGCCCGCCGCGGGUAUGAACAAGGACUAUGCGGGGACACCAUUGGAGCAGGUUCUUCAGCUAUUCAAGUCCAAUACGGGUGCCCAACCUGGUGAUGCUGUGAAAUGUGCCCAGAGAAUUUUAGAGGUCGUGGAAGGCACAGGCAUGGGUGUUGGAAAGGAAAAUCUGCUUCGAUUGCCGCUUGGACCGGAUUGCUAUAAGCGCUUUCAGACUAAAAUUGACACAUUGCAAGAGAACUUGCUGCAGGCCAAGGAGAUCGCACACUCGACAACCUACUGAGGACCGAUACUUGCGAUACGUAUGUAACGAGAAAAGUCGAUCUAGGUAUACUUCAAGUGCCUAUGGCCGAAGCAUAUGUUUACGAAUUAUUGCCACUAGAAUAUUUAAAAGAACGGGAUUUGACGUAAAAGUUUUCAUGAAACUAACCAAAUGACACAUCCGAUAACAAAAUUCAGAAUAGAAUUACAUUCAAGUAUCA